GGUCGUGUUCGGGACGUAUUCAUACCUCGCUGGCGGAGCGUAAGACACGGAAGUGGAGGACGUCAAGGAGCCUACCCGGAUUGGGCAGGCUUGGUCCUCCGGCAGACGGUCUACCUUGCGUCGGUCCCGGCGACGCCGGGUCUUCCCUGCUGGGUCCUGUUGUGGCCAGUUCGUUCUGUCACGUCCCAUCGGAGACGAGAGUAGAAGCCAAAUGCAGGAACUCGGAAGACGCAAGGUAGUUCAAGAAGAGACACGUUUAUUGUAUGCAGAGGUCGGGGAUCGAGCAGGCAAUCCGGUGCAGCAGCGGUAGUUGUGACAUCGGGCGAAGAGAACAGAUGAGCGGACAGGCAGGAGUCGGUACACAGGAGAACAAUCAAAGCAGGCAGAAGUAUCAAGGAGUCAGGCUUACAAGGUUGGUCGGAGAACGGACGAAGGUCGGUACACACAGGUUCAAUCAGGAAUACGAGAGUGCUGGAACGGGACAUAAAGCUCAACGAACUGGCGGAGGACCAGUCGUCACCGGGUCCUAUAUAUACAGGGGAUGAUCAGCCCGCAUGAGGCGCAGGUGUGCGCCUCCCAAUUAGCGCAGCCGCGCGGGCACCCGCACAGCUCGUGCUGAAGCGGCUGGAUCAUGACACUUUUUCCUACCUCAGCUGGUUGACCAACCUCAACCUCGAUCUCAACUCAUGGAAUUGUUCCUGUGAGCUGGUGGACUUAGCUACCUUCCUUUCAGCCUUCAUACAGCAAGCUGACAAGGUAUGAGUAUCCACACAAAGAUGUUUUAAGAGGUGACUCAAAGUUGAACACAAAACACUGCUGUUUCCUCCAGACAUUGUAUAAUGGAUGGAGGAUGGUGUGUGUAAGCGCUCACAAUCCGGCUGUAUCUACAGUGCUGGAGCUAACUGAAGCCAACUGUAUCCCAUCCAAUCAGAACAUCACAGUGCAGCUCCAGACAAAAGACAGUGUGACACCUCGAGUAUAUGCUCGGGAUUUGACCAUCACAGCUGUUCUCUGCUUUAUUGGUGGCAUUGGCUUGGCACUGUAUGUAGUCCUGGUCAACUAUCAAGUUUUUCACCAAAAGAAUGCGUCAGAAAGUCAAAAACAUAGGGAGACAGAAGAGGGCAGGGUGUCCACAACCAGCUAUCUCACGAAUCGCCAAGAUGUCACCGAUAAGCAAAGGGAGCACUUUAUGCAAGCUCACCAGCUACUGGACAGUAAAGGCAUACAAAGGGAUACAAGGACAGAAAUCUAUGGAAGCCAAUUUCGUGUUAGAGCUGAUGAAAACCUCAUGUGUCCAAAUUGCAAAAUUGAAGGGUCAAAGCUAAAUCAGUGGGACAACGGGAUGAACGACAGAGGAGGGAGACCGCAAGAGAAUGAGGAUGUUAAUUGUGGAGGCGGAAGAGAAGGGGAGGAAGAAACAUAAGCACCAGCAAGACAUUCUGGAGAGAGACAACUUUCUCUCUUGUGGGAGCUCCAGAUAUUCACCUCAUCAAUGGUAACACACCUUCAGUCACAGACCAGACACCCUUUCUGCUUUUAAGGCAAAUAAUGACAUGGGCAUUAGGUCUGAUAUUCGUGUUAAGAAUAGACAACCUUGGAAGCUCCAUUGCAAGAGCUGCCACAGAACAUCUGGGAGGUCAGCACAGAAUAUGAGAGAAAGUGGCAUUCACUCGAACAUGAGCGACACCUCCCUAAUUGAUGAUUCAAUCUCUCAAAUUGGCGCUCGGGAGAGACGUAUCAACUACAACCAGUUUCAUGCAAGGAAAAGCGUGAAAUCAAGAAGGCAAACAAAAAAUCUGCCAUUCAAUAUUGAAAGAAAAGGUCAAAGAAAGACAAGGAGGACUGAUGUAGUGAAGAUGUCCAGAAAUGUGGAAAGAGUAGUGGAGGAAAAACAGAAAGGAAAGCUACAGGCCAGCGGCUUGCUGAAGUCUAAACUACUCGGAAAGAUAAAAGUCCAUCCGAAAAGGAAAACUGAUCAGAAGAGGAGCAACUCUCAGGAGAGAAAAGAGAGAAAGCAAGGUAAAAGAUAUCCAGUACAGUUGGAAGGUAUAGACAGCUCAGGGAGGAAAUCAAAAGGAAGCAGCAAGAAAUGGAAAAAAACAUCAGACAGUGAGGGAUUGCUCAAGGAUGAGGACAAAAAGGAUGUGGAAAAAAAUGAGAAAGUCAAGACAGCAUUCAGUCUGCAAGAUAUCGAGCGUAAGGCAGAAGGUGACCAAAGAGAUACACAAGGAAAGGCCCAACUCGCAGCAAUAACUACAGCUACUAGCACCACACACUCGUCUCACCCCGCCAGAGCAGAUGGCGCCUCCAUCGUGGGGCAGGGUCUUACUGUUCCUCAUCAGGGUGCUGGAGUAGUUCCCCGAAGCCCUCAGCUUUCCUCUCAGCAACCGUUUCUUUUUUCUGCUAUUGACAUAAUUCAUUCAACGGACAAUAGUACCUUUCCUAUCAUGGAGGAUAGUAGGUCUAUGUCAUUGAGCGGUGCUUCAGGCAGUAGGCAAGAAGUGUUCACAUCACCCGGGACCUCAAUCCUCACAAAUGCAGGAUAUGCCAAUAUUUUGCAGUCAAGUGUGUUGCAGACUACACCGCUUCAUGGUUCCCUGCCUAUAGGACUUGGACCCAUCAUCGAACUUCAUCCUUCCCACAGCCAAACUCUCUCUCAAAGCCAGAUGGAUAUUGACAGCUUGACUCAUGAACAAUGCGUAAAUUCAGCACCAAACCUGUAUCAAGGUCCUCAGACUGGAGGUCACCCAACUUCUCAAGUGUCUGAAUCUGAACCUCCAAACUCCUUUCUCCCAAUUAACUUAACUGAAUGUAUAAAUAGUUCAACAAGGGUAACCCCUCAGGUUCCCAAAUAAGUGAAUACUGGUAGAAAUUUGUCAAAAGGUUACAGUCACACAGAGAAUGAGGUUGUGCCAAGUGGUCCGGUGGAGAGUAUAUCUGAUGAUGGAAGGCCUGGAACUGAAGUCCACGUCAUGUAUGAAGGAAGCAUGCAGGGUGAAGACAUCUUUCCACAAGCCACAUCCCCUUCAGGCAGUGGCAGUGCAGCAGCUGCCUCACCUCUCCUAAAGCAGGAGUACCUUUCCGCGGAAGGUGGCUCCUCCCCAAGAAGGAAGCUCAGGCUGGUCCUCCCUGAAAAGACAUCCAGCCGGGAACCCACAGCACUGGAAAAGAAAAUCCUCUAAUUGCUCAAAAACAGUAUGUCAUCAAAGCAAGAGUGACACUAAUGGUCAGAAGGAACAUUUUUGUCCUGUAAAUUGUAAGUUUGUGUAAAUAUCCUCAGAGAUGCUUGUGUAAAAAAGCAACAAGUACCACCUAAAAAUAUUCUGCCCUCUUCAAAUGCCUUGAUCAUGACCAACAAAGUACAAUAGCAUAACAGGCUUCUUCUAAAACAAGGGAGGUGUUAUUUCCAAUAAGUACAUUUAAGAUUAUUUUAGUCACAUAAUGCACUGUUUCAACAUUAACAUUGCGCUGAAAUAUAGGGAAAAAAAAAACUGUAGUAUUUACAAAAUUCACUUAAACUAUCCAUCCAUUUUCUGUGCCGCUAAUCCUCACUAGGAUUAUGGGCGUGCUGGCGUCUAUCCCCGCUAUCUUCGAGCAAGAGGAAGGCUAGACCCUCAACCGGUCUCCAGCCAAUUGCAGGGCAUAUAAAAACAAAACAAUCAUUAACACCAACUGGGAAUUUAGAGCAGUGAUUCUCAACCUUUAUUGAGCAAAGGCACAUCCCAAAAAUAAAAGUCACAAAAAGUGGAUACACAAGUCAAUUAUACUGUACAUUUUGUGCUGUCUAAUAGAAGAGCCUUAAUAUGUUCUGUCUGUCUUUUUAUGCCACUGCCAUAGAAUUAUGAACAAAUAUACAUUAUUUGUUGUAAAUAAAUAAUCCAUUCAUCCAGUUUUUUAGCCGCUUAUCCUCACAAGAGUCGCGGGGAGUGCUAGUGCCUAUCUCAGCUGUCAACGGGCAGGAGGCGGGGUAAUCCCUGAACGGGUUGGCAGUGCACAUGAAAACAGACAAUAGUCGCACUCACAAUGACACCUAGUGACAAUUUAGAGUGUCCAAUUAAUGUUGCAUGUUUUCGGGCUGUGGAAGGAAACCGGAGUGCCUUGAGAAAACCCACGGAGGCAUGGGGAGAAAAUGCAAACUCCACACAGGCGGGUCCGAGAUUGAACCAGGCACCUCAGAACUGUGAGGCCAACGCUUUCCAGCUGCACCACCGUGCCGCCUCCGGUCUAAUUAAUCAAAAUAAAAUACCAUAAAUUCGGGUUACACAGAGCAGGACAAAGAGAGCCAAUGUCACUACGUCUUCCAAAUAGACGACAUUAUUGGUUCGAGAACUGUUAUAUAUAAAAAUGAGCCCUAGUUUGUAAGAAGCUGAUCGUGAUGGAGGAAUAAUCUUUUGGUGCCUUCUGAAUAUUAUAAUCCCCAUACAGAAAGUGAACUCAAUAUAGUAGUUGCAAUGUUUACUUUUGCCACCAGACAGAAGUGUGCACCUCUUUGUGCAGAUGCUGAAUGGUUUCACAUUUCAAAUCUGUACAAUCACAACUCAUGAAAAAGAAUUUCUGCCCACAGAGCUUCUGGGGUCCAUAUAAAAAUUGUUUUCUCCAUUGUGACAAAUAUAUCCUAAAUAUCUAAAAAUGUAUAUUUUAACCUUUUUACAGUA